GAGAAACCAUCCUUAUCACUGUGCUUUGCGAAUUCAAUCCGAACGGACGUGUUUUCGGGCAUCUUCUGGAUUCUGGUAGUGAUACAACAUCAAGCGCAGAUAGUGUGUGAACCUUGGAACUUUCAGUACUGCGUUCAGUACAAACACGUGCGUUUUUCCACGUGCCCAAACGGAUAACAUGCAGAUCCACGUGCGUGGCCUGCGUUGGCUGUUGGUGGCGUUGGCCCUGAUCGUCCACGAAUCGUGUGGUAUCUACGACCCCCGCACUAAUGGCGGUCCCAGUUUCAACAUGAUGCCCCAGGUCCACGGGGACUACAGCAAGGUGCACACUCACAAGGCACGCUCGUACGAGCCCAACUACGCCCGCAGUGACCACGGCUACCAGCAGCAGCAGCAGCAGCAGCAACCUUUCCGAUAUGUACCACCAACCGUCCCCACUACAACCGCCAGGGUUGAAGUACCACCCCAGAAGGCCGCCUAUCGAGACCUUCAGGCAGCACCUUCGUACGACGGCUAUGGCAACGAGAACGCCAUUCUGAGUGCGACCAACUCAAAGCUGAGACCUACUGCCGGUGAGGUUCCGACGAACUUUACGGGAUUGGAGUGUCCUCCUUCGGCUUCAGGUCACUUUGUCUACAUCAUGGACUGUAGACAGUUCCUGAACUGCUGGAAAGGUCGUGGGUAUAUUCAGAGCUGUGCACCGGGAACGUUAUUCAACUCGGAAACCAACGAGUGCGAUCAUCCGACGAAGGUGCACUGCUUGACGUCGAACACGAUGGAGGGUUAUCAGCGGUUGGCACGGUUGAGGAAGCCCAAGGAUCCGGUCAAGUCGGCUCCGCUUACGCAGGGUGGCCAGGAUGAUUUCUAUGGUGGGACGGAGUUGGUGGUGAGGUGUCCGCCGGAUGUGAUUGGCUUGCGGGAGCAUCCAACGGAUUGCAGGAAGUUUUUGAACUGUAACAACGGUGCGACUGUGGUUCAGGACUGUGGACCUGGAACGGCGUUCAACAGGAUGAUGUCUGUGUGUGAUCACAUCCACAAUGUGGACUGUAAUAGGUACGGAAACUUUAUUCAGCAUGGACCGUCUUCUCCGUCGAAUCCGGAUGCGGAGGAGAUUGACGUCGAGAAUGUUUCGUAUGACCUGGACAUUCGAUUCAAUGGCAACGAUGACGAUGGGUAUGUGACAACUACGGCGAGACCACGCAUUCCGUUGCAGGUUCCGAAGCCAAUUUAUCAACGUCCGGCUUCCAGUGAGGUACGACCGGUGUACGCGGCACCUCCUAAUACUACCCCGAGAAUGAACCAAGCUAAUACGAGGUACAAUCCGCAAUACUACCAGCCAAACGUGACCCCAAAUGCUCGAGACUUGCACAGCGGAACCACAGCACUCCCACUCAGUGAAGCACUCAAACUGUUGCUCAAGCCGUACAUAGCGCCAAACAGUAACGUUACACUCAACAUGACCAAGGUUAACUCCAUGAUGAACCAACCUGGUCUGGAAGUGAUCGGACUGAAUCCGAACAAGACGUCUCCCUACAUCGCUUCUCCCUCGGACAUCAACCGUCAACUGAGCGGACAACAGCCCAUCUAUUAUGGUGCGCCAACGUAUCGACCUCCGGCACCCCAGGGUUUCCAACCGUCAACAUUCAACCGACAACAUGCUUCUCCUCCAUACACCCAGCAACAACAACAACCGCAGUACUUCCCAGUCUACAGACCAACCACGACCACGCGUCCAGCGAUUGCUGUACGACCUCGCUUCGACGAGGGAUCACCCCAGUGGCGUCCAAUGGCGACGCCACCUCGAACAACCACUCCAAAGGCGGAUCCCUGCAAGGACAUGUUCGUGUGCGGCAACGGCAAGUGUAUCGACCCGGUCAAGGUUUGCGACGGUAGAGAUGACUGCGGAGCUCGCCAGGACGAACGGAACUGUGACCAGGUCGGGUACGAGGUGCGUCUCUCCGGCAAGCAUCAAGGUCGCGUUGAGGUCAAGGCGUACGACAAGUGGGGUUAUGUGUGUGACGACAGCUUCAGCUUGGGUGCUGCGCACGUUCUGUGUCGGGAGUUGGGUUUCGCUGGAGGAGCGUUGGAGCUCAAGCCGAACUCGUUCUUCCCGCCGAAUGCAGCGUUGAUGAACAAUGGGAAUCCGGUGUUUAUCAUGGAUGAGGUGCGGUGUACGGGGAAUGAGAGUUCCCUGCAGGAGUGCGCCUUCUCUGGGUGGGGCGUGCACGAUUGUAACGCUGAAGAAGUUGUUGGAGUGGUGUGUAAGACGCCGGCGAUGACCUGCCCGAACGACUACUGGCUGUGCGAUACCUCGUCGGAGUGUGUCCCGGUAGGGUUCCUGUGUGACAAUGUGAUGGACUGUGCGGACGGGUCGGAUGAGAGUGCCGAACACUGUAACGCACCGCUGGAGAUGCGACUGGCGGAUGGACCAAGCCGAACGGAGGGCCGAGUUGAAGUUAAGUACCGCGGCGUUUGGGGUACGAUCUGUGACGAUGAGUUUGGUCUGCGGGAAGCUCGCGUCAUCUGCCGGCAGUUGGGACUUGGUAAUGGAACGGCGCAGGUGCGAAAGAACAAGUACAAGGUGGGAACGGGACAGAUUUGGUUGGACCAGGUGGUUUGCGGUGGAAACGAGACUUCGAUUGACGACUGUAUGCACUGGAGAUGGGGAGAACACAACUGUAGCCAUCAGGAGGAUGUGGGUGUAAGCUGUGGAACGCCUCCGCAGACUUCAGCUCAGCUGAGACUUGCAACCGGCAAGUCGUUUAAAUUUGACGGCGAGAGAUCGACCAAGAUCUAUCCGGAUAGCUGCGGCCAACUGCAGGUUGAUCCGAAAGCGGUCAAGCCGACAUACGGUGCCCGGGUGAUUCACGGUGGUGAAACUGUCUACGGACACCAUCCGUGGCAAGCGGCUUUGCGAGCGAAGCGAACUGGAAAGUCCGUCCACUGGUGCGGAGCGGUACUGAUCUCCAAGUAUCACAUCCUCACCGCUGCUCACUGCCUGAUUGGGUCCCAGGGAGCGUACAUGAUCCGGCUGGGAGAUUACAAUACGGAUGCGCUGGAACAGGCGGAAAUUGACAUCUUCAUCGAGGAUUGGUACAUCCACGAGGAGUUCAGGGUUGGGCACCACAUGAACAACGACAUUGCUGUUGUGCUGCUCAAGACACCGAUCCGCUUCAACAAUUACGUUCAACCGGUGUGUCUGCCAGCGAAAAACCAACCGUACCACGAAGGAGCAAACUGCAUGAUCUCCGGAUGGGGCUCAACGCAGUCUGGAUCUUCGAUUCACUCCCUGGAGCUGCGAGCGGCCAAGGUUCCGCUGCUGUCGGACGUGACCUGUACCCAGCCAGAGGUGUACGGUAAAAACAUUACCGCCGGUAUGUUCUGCGCCGGCAGUUUAGACGGUGGAGUCGACGCUUGCGAGGGUGACUCAGGUGGCCCACUGGUUUGCAAAAAUGACCGUGGCCACACCCUUUACGGUAUCAUUUCCUGGGGCUCCCAGUGCGGAUACGCCAACAAACCCGGCGUAUACGUCAAAGUGGAACAUUACCUGGACUGGAUCGAGGAGAAGCUGCUCCAAUCUUUGCACACGUACGGCGUGUGACCCAACACUGUACCUUAAGGAGCUGUAAACAGCAGUGAAACCAACAGAAUAUUUGUAACAUUUUUUAUUGUAUAAUAAAGCUAGUUUUCCAUAUUGUUAAA